AUGAAUGAUGAGAUACUUGUUCAUUUUGUUCAUACACACUGUCAAAUUCAUAUAGGUCCAGAAAAUAGACUCGAACAUAUUGUGGCUCGUAAUAAACAAAAGUGCACUGAUGCAAAUGAUAUUAAAUAUGCUUUAUCACAUAUUCGUCAAGCAAAUAUCGUUAUCCUAGCAAGUAAUUGGGAUGAGUGGAGUGCUAGACAACUCCCAUCCACAUUAAAAUUACUAAAUACAAAAAAACAACAGAAAUUGUUUGUAAUAGGAGGAAAAAGUUUUGGAAAAGUUAAUCCACAGUUGUAUGUGGACAAGUCGAAUGAAUAUCGAGUAAAACAACGCCAACAUCCAAACUUAGUAGCUGUCAAAGUAAACGCAUUAUUGGAACAAAUAAUAGAUCCAUCAAUAUUUGUCAAUAUGCAAAAGUUGAUCUCUAGUGAAUUUAAUGGAACAUGUCCUCUGUUUACUCCAGAUGGAAAGCUAAUAUCAUAUGAUGGUGCACAUUUGACAAAAUAUGGUGCUCGUUAUAUUGGAAAUAUUAUCUUUCACAACAAACCAUUAAAUAGCUUAUUAACUACUGCUCAUAGGCGUGAAAUUCUUGAAUAA